AUGAAUGGCCUCAUCGCCUAUGGUAUCCAGAUCGAUUUGAACAAUGUUCACGGGUGGCUGGCGUGGCGAUGGAUUUUGCUCGUUGAAGGAGUCGUGUCGAUUGGAUCAGGGUUUUUCGUUAUGGCAUUGCUGCCUCCGGUCCCGGAAAGAGCCCACCGGUUCUUCACGGCGGAAGAGAAGCAGAUUGCGAUUCGGCGAUCCAAACAAGCCUUCAACACUCCCCAUACGGGGGUCAAGCUCAAACAACUGCGCUUCUCUCUCGGUAUCCAAUAA